GCCAUGCUCCGGCUUGGCCAGCUGGUCUUCCUUUUUAGCGUUUUGGGCGUGGAAUGCAUAGAUCAGAAUGGAGUGCGGCUAAAGCGCCAAGUUCAGACGGCCCAGUCCGCGCUGCGAAGCAGGCUGUUACAGUUGGAUCCUGAGCAGCAGCAGGACCUGGCCAUGGUGGUGCCGUACCUCAAAAAGGGGGACAAGGCAGCCUUCAAGAAAGGCCUCGGCACAAUGGUACAGAACGGCGGCAAUGAGCGAAUCAAGCGCUGUCUCCAGGGCCUCUCCGCCAUCGGCUUCGAUGCCUUGGAGAUCCAAAACUGGAUGACGCACGAGGGUGUCGCCACACCUCAGUCAAAGAUGGUGUCGCCUCCGCCUGCUUCGGCCCCGGCGUCGGCGACCGCAGUGCCGUCUGUGACCGCCGCGCUGCGCGCGCCGCCCAAGGCUGUCCAGCCUCCCACCCUGCCGACCGUAGGGGCCAUGGCAGGCUUAGCUGCAGAGCAACAGCUGGCUGGAGGCAAAGGCAAGGACAAGCAAGCCGUCGAGGUGGCAAAGAAGGGCGAGGACCAGGUUUCGGCUCAAAAGACCUCGAACGCGCAGGAACAGGGCGAUCUCGCGAAGAUGACGAAGGCUCAGGCGAAGAAGGCCCUUCGCAAGGAGCUGGCGAGGAGAUUGGCCAAGGGCGUGCAGGCCUUUGACAGGGUGGAGAAAGUGGAGAAGAACGAGGCGAACCUGCAGGAGGAGGUUGCCGAAGAUAAGAAGCGCGUCAGCCAGCUCCAAGAGGCCUUGCAACAGGAGCAGAAGAAGGAAGCAGAGGUUGAGAAGGAGAACGCAGAACUCAAGCAUGAGUUGGAGGAGCAGGCCGCUGCUAGCAAGAAGGCAGCAGCGCGGCUAGAUGCGCUGGAGGCACGAGGGUCUGGUAGCGCUUCGGACAGUCGCGUCGCCGCCCUGGAGGACCAGAAUACAAAGUUCCGAGCUGCGCUGGCCGGCGCGGCCCGUCGGCUUAUCAACCUUGAGGCUGAUGUCUCCACACAAAAGCAGAUCUCGGCCAAGCCCGAUGGGCCGAAGGUGGUCCGCCACGAGAAAAAGCCGAUGCCGGCGGCGUGA